AUGAAGAUGGAGAUGGUGAUGGAUAUGGUGGGGGUGUUGGUGGUGACGCCGGCACGUGGCCUCUGCCCGGAGAAACAUAAGCCGACAGGAUUUGCACCCAAGUCGCACGUCCGCGGGCGCAAGACUGCGGUGCUCAGCGAAGCAGCACCGCGUCCCCGAGCGCGGCGGCUCCGCGGGCCCCGAGCCCCCUCCGCCUCCCCCGCGCCCCCUCCGGGCCCCGCGCCCUUCUCGGCACGCUCUCGGCGGCCCCUCGGCGCGCCGGCACCGCCUCGCGGGGCGCGCACAGCCCGAGUCCCGGACCACCGGGUCGGUCUGCAUCGCCCGCAGGGAGCACCCGCAACCCCGGUCCACUCCCCGCCGAGCCCCCCGGCCCGGCCACCGGUCACUUACGCCUGCGCUGGGCCCACCCGGCGGCCCCGAGACAAAAGCUGCGCGGCCGCUGCGCCGCCGGCUGCUCUUGGAGCCGCGGCUGCCGGGGACCGGGAGGAGGAUGGGGCGGAGGAGACGGGGGAGGAGCGGCGGAGGGGACCGCGGAGGAGGGGCCGCCGCGCUGCCGGCCACCCAGCUGGGGCCGCCCAGACCCAAGCCCUCCUCCCCGGCCCGCCGCCCUUCCCGGUUCUUGGCAGAAAACCUCACCCCAGGGACCUGGGUACCGCCCCUCGAGGGGCGGAGUGA